UCAAUUUUGAUAACACCUGCACUAAGCUAAAUACAUUUUUAAUAAAUAUGAAGCAGAACCAUUAAUUAGGCAGCCAAUGUUGUGUUUUCAGAACAAAAUAUUUAGAUUGGGAGAACUGUGGGCUUGGUGCUCUUGAAAGAUCUGCUGCCAAAAAGAAGGGUUUCUGAGUCUUGGAAGGAGGAGUGGCCCACAAAGAAGGUGAAGAUCAGCUGGAGUAAAGUUCCUGGAAGUAGUGGAAGAUCUGAGAGAUUAGAGAGCUGCAUGGAAACAAAUGUCAGGGCAUAUCUAGAGGCCUUGACCUGUAAUGCCCAAGACUGGUAACUAUGAGGGGCUGUGCAGCACAAAACUGACACAACUUUCUGCUCCAGUUCAACAACCAGCAAUGACCACAGAAUCAUCUUGGUUGGAAGAGACCCUCAAGAUCACCAAGUGCAAUCAUAAACAGUGGCAUUAAGCCAUGUCCCUAAGAACCUUAUCUACGUGCCUUUAGACACCUCCAGGGAUGGCGACUCCACCACUUCCCUGGGCAACUUGUUCCAAUGCCCGACAACCCUUUCUGUGAAGAAUUUUUUCCUAAUAUCCAAUCUAAACCUCCCCUGGCACAAUUUGAGGCCAUUUCCUUGCAUCCUAUCACCUCCUACUUGGGAGAAGAGACCAACACCCUCCAUGCCACAACCUACUUUCAGGUAAUUGUAGAGAGUGAUAAGGUCUCCCCUUGGCUGAGUUUUAUACGGGCUGAACAAUCCCAGUUCCCUCAGCUGCUUCUCAUACGACUUGUGUUCCAGACACUUCACCAGCUUUGUUACGCUUCUCUGAACAUUCUCCAGCACCUUAGUGUCUUUCUUGUAGUAAGGGGCCCAAAACUGAACUUGGGGGCCCCCAUAACCCUGGGCUGGAGAGUCAUGGCUGCAAGAACAAUAAACACCCAAUCAAUCUGGAACUUGUAUGGGAUUUGCUACUCUAGCUCAAUCUCUACAAGUCAAUAGGGCCUGAUGAGUUUCAUCCAAGGGUACUUAAGGAGCUCACUGAUGUCACAGCAAGACCUUUCCAUGAUUUUUAAACACUCCUGGGAACCUGGAGAGGUCCUAGUUGACUGGAAGCUGGCAAAUGUUCCAAUCUACAAGAAGGGCAACAGGGAUGGCCCUGGCAACUACAGACCUGUCAGCCUCGCUUCUGUGCCUGGCAAAAUUAUGGAGAAGAUUAAUCUGGGAGUUACUGAAAAAUACCUGAAUGGUAAUGCAGUCAUUGGUCCCAGCCAGCACGGGUUUAUGGGGGCAAAGUCCUGCUUGACCAACUUGUUCCUUUCUACAACAAAGUUACCCUUCUAGCUGAUCAAGGGAAGCCUGUCGAUGUGAUCUUCUUGGAUUUCUUUAAAGCCUUUGAUACUGUCUCUUACAGUACCCUCCUGGACAAGAUGUCCAGCAUACAGCUGGAUAAACACAUAAUGCAAAGGGAAGCUCCGACCUGGGUAAUGCACCUUGGAGAAAGCCAGUGAGUGUGAAAUAAGAAGGUAAAAGCUCUGUUCUCAUUAGUUCUAAAAUAAACCCCAGCAUCCAAAUCCACUAGAGGUUGCCAUUUGCUCUGUCUCAUUUGAAACACCUAGAAGGGUAUUUCCUGUCUUCUAAGUUCCUUUUUUGUUGUUGUUUUUACAGGAAGAGUACAUUAAUUUUUCAAUAAUACUGAAUUCUGUUACAGGAAAUCUAGUAGUAACAUUGGGAAUGGUACUACCCUCAUCUACCUGUGCAGAAAGUGUUUCCAGUAGUACAGAAGAUGAAGUAAACAAGAUGUUUGUAUUUCCAGAUAAAAAGUUACAAGCUACUAGCAUAGUUUAAGGAAUUAAUUUAAUGCUGGGAUAGCAGUAAAGUGUUAACCACUUCACAUUUUGGCUCAAAACAGAAAGAAUUAUAAGAUCAAAAGUUCUGGUUUGUUGGAGAGGGAGUGAAAACAGUGAACAAAAUGUGGACAAGGUAUUUUACAAAUCUUGACUUGCAUGAAAAUAAUAUUAUUUAUUAGUAGAAUAAUUCAGUAAAUUAAUACAAUUGUAGUGAUACUAAUCUGGUUUUGUUUCCCUGUUUGCUAUUAUGAAAAGUAGUAGAUACUUAGAGGUCUUGACUUAGUAAAAAGAGUAAUUGGUCUCCUUAACAAUUGGAGUCUACAGAAUAGGGCUGAAAGAGGGGAUGCUUUCCCAAACUUCAAAAGAAAAAUAAUUGGAAUUGCUGUGGCUUUUGAUUUUUUUUUUUUACUUUUUUUUUUUCUUUUGUCACUCCUGAAAGUUCUGAUUUUCAGCUGCAAAAUAAGUAAAAACAGUAACACCUCUCAUAGAAACCACACUUUGACAAGAGUAUGAUGCUGCAUUGACAAAAUAUUUAGAUUUGGAUCCCUUAUGUUCAGGUUGUAAAGAAAAACACAAACUAGCUAGCUGUUAGCAUUCAGUCACUUGGAAAGUGACUUAGAGGGUGAGGAAGGAAAGGUCACACUGAGCAUAGGCUUAACUUUUCUAAAUUUGCAGCUCUGCAGCUCUGGGCUCUUCCUCUUGCCCAGCCCAGAAACCCCAGGCUUUCUGUCCCAGGCUGAUUUUCAGGUUCAAACAGUACCAAGGCUGACUGUUCAUCUUGGAAACAGACAGACAUACAGAGAACACUGAUGUGGCUGACAUCACAGACUGCAACAGAUAAGGCACUGUCUUCAGCAGCACCUUGCUUCAGUGCUACUGGAACUCAGAGCAUGAAUAUGGACAGCCACCUCCCCUUUCUCUUCUUUGUCUAGUAAGGAUCGAAGUUCAGUAGUUGUGCAGGUUUGACUGAAAAUGACUUCAUUUUCUUCAUGCAGUUACAAACCUUUCUUUUUCAUAGCUAGCACGGCCAUUAUUUGGACUUAGUUUGAGAACAAGAUAACACCCCAGGACAGAGUUAAUGUUUUUAAUCUCUCUGGUCUGAGAGCCAAGGAUGUUCUGAGUGCCCUGCCCACAGGUGUAAGGUAUCAAGGAAGGGGGGCAGAGCUUGACUGACAUCCAGACUGAUCAAUAAGACUAUUUCAUCCCAUUAGCAUCAUGCUUCCUAUUUAAGGAGAGUCAGGAUCUUCUGGUCCUUCUCUCACAUGUUCUUUGCCUUCUUUACUCUCUUUGUUGGAGCCAGGGGAGUUCUGUUAGGGACUUCCUUUAGUUUGGCCUUAGGUCAUCCUGCCAUUUUGCCUCUGGGCCUUUCUGCCUUUUUCCUCUUUUUCUCUCUCCAGGACUGGCUGUUGAGAACAGGUGCUGUUUCCUGGGACUGGCUGCUCAGUGUGGAUGGAGCUUGUGAGGAAUUGCGUUGAGUAUAUUUUAUUUUAUAUUAUAUUCUGUUUUUAUUUUAUAUAUUUAUAUAUAUUUACUAGUAGUGUAUUAGUUUUUGGGGUUUUUAUUAAACUGUGUUUAUCUCAGUCCAAGUUUCUCCCCUUUUGAUUCUCUCCUCUAUUUGGGGGGUAGGAGUCAGGGGAGUGAGUGAGUGGCUAUCAUGGUUGUAUUGCUAGCUCGGGUUAAACCACCACAGUAUUGAAAGGACUCAUACUCCCACUCUCUAUAUUCACAAGCACAUUCAUUGGUCUAUUGAGUACCCAGAGAGCAUGGCCCACUGUCUCUCCCAUACGCCUUCCUGAAUGUUGGGCCUUCUCAUGUGCUCCAUGGGUCUGCUACCUGCUGGCUAGUCCAGAUUGAAGCUUGCUAGUGAACAGGUGCACACGCAUGCUCAUCCCACAGGCACCCCAUAUUCAUGGGUCCCACUGACUAUCAACAUGACACCACUGCCUACCUAAUACUCCUGACCAGAUCCAUGGAAUCCUACUUGAUGGUUAGUCCAGACUAAAGUUUACCACUAAAUUACAUGCACUUAUGCCAGGUUUGGGGAAGAUAUAGACACACCCUGCAACAGGUGGCACAAGGGCUGUGACCCACAAUCGUGCUCCAGCUGCCUUUCCUUGCUCAUGCUGAUCCCCUCAGCAGCUGUGCCCAGGACACAUGCUGGUCCCAUCCUAGAGGCUGGAGCAGGCACUCACCCGUGCCUGUUGCUGACACCACAGGCCUAGGGUGCCUGCGGCCCUAGUGUGACUCCAGUUGCUGCCACCAAGCUCCCUCACACAGGUCUUACCUGUAGCUAGCACUGCAGGCACCCAGUGAGAUGAUCUGGAGAGCUAUGAGCAUUCCAGCUACUGCUGCUGAGACCCCACUUGCCUCAGUUCCUGGCACCACAGAUACCUGUGGAUUCCUGUGACUGCAUUUGCUGAUCCCAAAUUCGCUCACACCAAUCUCCCCAGUUGCUGCCAGCUCAUUCUCACAGCACUAAUGUACAUGGGAUAGUAAGAUUACAUGGAAAGACAGUUAAGAAAGAAUUUAAUAAGAAGAUAGGACAGACUCUGAUGAUCAGGAGCAGUGUUAAGUCAUACAACCACAUUACCAGCCUUGAUUUUCACUUUGUUCCUUCCCAACCCUUUUCCUUAACAAGUUUUGCAUAGUUCCACAGAUGCAGUUCAAACAUCUCAAGUUGCUAUUUUCCUAUUGUUUCCCCCAUAUGAAUUACAAAGGCCAGGCUGGCCUCCAAAGCCGUGCCUGUAGUUUCCUACUGGCCCAUCAAACAGUGACUGGAGACAUUUUGCCUUUUGCAUCAUCUCUGUCACCCUUUGUUUCUCAGGUCUGACCCUCUGCAUGGUUUUGUUUGUGGCUUCUACUCUGGAGACAUCCAAAACCCGCCUGGACGCCUUCCUGUGUAGCCUCAUCUAGGUGUUCCUGCUGUGGCGGGCGGAUUGGACUAGGUGACCUUUCGAGGUCCCUUCCAAUCCCAAACAUUCUGUGAUUCUGGGAUUCCCCCUUUCUUUGUCAUCACUUUCUGCAUUGAAAAGGCCCUUGACAGGAUAACCUUAAUGGGGGAGAUGCUUUCACCUGUCACAUAUCCUUACAUAACCUGUCUUUAUUUAGGGGGAGAAACAGCUUAGGAAGUCAUGAUGUUGCCCUAAGUAACUGUCAGCUUUACCUCAAUAUAUAUAGAAUUUAUCAGUUUCCCUGACUUAAAAGCUUUGCAGAUAACAGGGGAAAAACAACCCAGCAGGUGACUGAAGAAAGCUGUGGCCUGUAUUAUCUGUUCCAUUCCCCACAGACCCCUAGGCUUGCUGCUGCCUCAGGGUACAGUGGACAGCAGCUAUGACUCAGCAAAGGAUGUAGCAGUUACCAGGGCUGCUCACUGCUCUGUUUCUCAAGGCAGAAGCCCAGAGCAGCACCCUGACUUUUCCAUUUCUACCCUAUUAGCUCCUCCCUCCUUUUCUUGUGACAAAGACCCAGGACACACAGAAGGGACCUCCGUACUUCGCACGCCUACUGAUGUUCCAGGAUUCUCAACAUCCCACAAACCCUUCCUGACUGUGCUGUUGAGCAGCUUUGACUUGUUUUAGGUAUAACAAAUUUGGUUAAGCAUAGCUUUUUUGUUGUCUUUCAUAGUCCCAUGUCAUUUUUAGUCAGAGAUUAAGAAAAAACCCUAUAUUAACACAGGAGGAAAAUAAUGAGAUCUUUUCAAGGUAGUUCUCAGGAAUUAAAUUACAUAUAUUUAGAUGUUAGAAAAUGCAUUCUCUUGGUGUACCUACCUAUUGAAAAACGUUUCAAAACUUGAAAAUCACUUCUGUGGAUGGUGGGAAAAUUAGAAAGAAAAUGAAAAAAAAAAAUCAUUAAGAGUUGAAACCUCAUGAUGCCAAACUCAUGUAGUUCAAAAAGAAGUGCAGAGUAUUGUACCUGGGGAGGAGCAACCACAUGCACCAAUAUAUGCUGGGGGCAACUCAUCUGGGAAACAGCUUGGCAGAAAGGGAUUUGAGGGUUCUGGUGAACACCAAGUUGAACAGGAGCCAGCAACCUGCCUUCAUAGCAAACAAGGCUAAUGGUAUCCUGGAAUGCAUUAGGAAGAAUGUUACCAGCAGCUCAGAUCAAGGGAGAUGAUCCUUCCCUUCUGUUCAGCUCUGGCAAGGCUGCAUCUGGAGUUCUGUGUCCAGUUUGAGGUCCGCUGUACAAGAGAGAUGCAGACAUACUGGCAAGAGUCCAACAGCAGGCCACAAAGAUGAAGAAGGGACUGGAGCACCUGGAGAAAAGAAGGUUCAGGGGGAUCUUAUAUAGGGGAAUCUGUACAUAAGCACCUGAAGGGAGGGUGCAAAGAGGACAGAGCCAGGCGCAGUGACAGAACAAGAAGCAAAGGGCACAAACAGGAGGCUCCCUCUGAACAUCAGGAAACAGUUUUUCACUGUGGGGUUGACCAAACACUGAAGGAGGUUACCUAGAGAGGCUGCAGAGUCUCCAUUCUUGGAGAUACUCAAAAGCCACCUGGAAAUGGCCUUAGGCAGCUGGGUCUAGGUGGUCCUGCUUGUACAGGGGAGUUGGACCAGGUGACCCCCAGAGGUCCCUUCCAACCUCAGCCAUUUUGUGAUUCUGUAUGAAAAAGGUACUGAGUUUUGGUUAUGCCAGAGGAUGAAGGUUCAUGAAGGUACAAAGGGCCAUUUAUUUGUGGUGGGGUAUUGUGGCUAGGGAAUCAACAAUAAUGGAUAUGGUUUAAUAGAAAUUGUGUUAAAAGUGAGGACAUCAUGUAAUUUAUAUAAGAAAUAGUCUUCCAAUGCCUGAUAGGAGAACUUGCCCUCUUAGAUGCUGACAUUUGACAAAGUUGUCUCUGAGACAGAUUGUAGGAAUAAUCCUGCUCAAGUUGCAGGAUGCUUCUCUUGUCUCUAAUUUUGUUAUUUUUUUAUUUCCAUCCUCUACUUCCCUAGUCUCUCUCUGUCAUCAGCCACCAUUCUUUCUAUGGUCCCACUCUUGAUGCCUUCCAAACGUAGUGAAGUAUGACACUGCCUGAGAGAAGAGAGGGAAAUGUUACCUCCUGUUAAUUUACUGAGCUGUCCUAGUGCCAGGGCAGCAGAGAUAUUAAAGCAGGGAAGCGGCUGCUGUGUCCAAGCACAGACUGAACAGGAGGGGGCAGGGAGUCUCUGGUUACACUCUCCCUUGCUGUCUUUCACUUACUAGUUAGUAACCUUCUCUCUCAGGGGGCUCUGAGAUUUUAGCUGAAGCCUUGUGUCUCUUUCACUCCAUGAUUUUGCCGUGGAGAGCAGAUGGGAAGACGCUGCUCUGAACAAUCCCUACUCCACAGGACAUUAUCUCUGGGGAUAUGACUGGGGAUGCCUCUCCAACAAAAGCGUUCCGAUACCAACAGACUCUGCUUUAUGGCCAAUACACAGAACAGAUAACAGCACAGAAAGAAGCAGCAAAACUACUGAAUGAGAAGCAGGCCCACCAGAAUAAUGAAAGAUCCCUGAAACGUGAGAGUCAAGUAGAGAUCAAAGAGGAGCACUAUUCCAAAUGUCAAGACUGUGCUAGACACAUCCAGAAAUAUGUUACCAAGAAGCUUGGAGAGGACUGGAUUUUCUUGAUUCUGUUGGGCCUGGUCAUGGCGUUGGUGAGCUGGGGAAUGGAUUAUGCCAGUGCGAAGAGCCUGCAGGCCUACAAGUGGAUGUACAGAGAGCUGCACCCAAAUGUUCCUCUGCAGUAUCUGGCAUGGGUCACAUACCCACUUGUUCUUAUUCUGUUUGCGGCCAUUUUCUGCCACCUCGUGUCUCCACAGGCUGUUGGGUCUGGGAUCCCAGAGCUCAAGACCAUUAUGAGGGGAGUGGUCCUCAAGGAAUAUCUCACUCUCAAAGCUUUUGUGGCCAAAGUUGUCGGCCUCACAGCUGGGCUUGGAAGCGGCAUGCCUGUGGGGAAAGAGGGUCCUUUUGUGCAUAUUGCCAGUAUCUGUGCUGCGGUACUCAGCAAGUUCAUGUCGAUCUUCUGUGGUGUGUAUGAGCAGCCAUAUUAUUAUACGGAUGUCCUGACUGUGGGUUGCGCUGUGGGGGUCGGCUGCUGCUUUGGGACACCACUUGGAGGGGUCCUUUUCAGCAUUGAGGUCACUUCCACUUACUUUGCUGUGCGCAAUUAUUGGAGAGGUUUCUUUGCAGCUACCUUUAGUGCCUUUAUUUUCAGGGUUCUUGCUGUUUGGAACAAGGAUGCAGUUACCAUCACAGCCUUGUUCAGAACAAACUUUCGCAUGGAUUUCCCCUUUGAUCUGCAAGAACUACCAGCAUUUGCUGUAAUAGGGAUAUGUUCUGGAUUCCUUGGAGCAUUUUUCGUUUAUCUCAAUCGCCAAGUGGUUCUAUGCAUCCGGCGUCAUACGGCUCUGAGCCAGUUUCUCACCAAAUACCGCCUCAUAUACCCUGGUGUUAUAACCUUCCUUAUAGCAACUGUGACCUUUCCUCCUGGAUUUGGGCAAUUCAUGGCAGGAGAGUUGAUGCCACGGGAAGCCAUCAGCUCUCUAUUUGAUAACUAUACCUGGGCAAAAUACACAGGAGACCCUCAGAUCCUAGGGAAAUCUGCUGCCUGGAUCCAUCCUAAAGUCAGUGUCUUCGUGAUCAUCCUGCUCUUCUUCCUCAUGAAGUUCUGGAUGUCUGUCAUUGCUACCACGAUGCCAAUCCCCUGUGGAGGCUUCAUGCCUGUUUUUGUUAUAGGUGCUGCAUUUGGGCGUCUGAUUGGGGAAAUCAUGGCAUCACUUUUUCCCAAUGGGAUUCUCUUCGAUGGUAUUGUUUACAAAAUCUUACCUGGAGGGUAUGCUGUCAUUGGUGCGGCAGCUCUGACAGGAGCAGUGAGCCACACUGUGUCCACUGCUGUCAUCUGCUUCGAGCUGACAGGUCAGAUCUCUCACAUCCUCCCCAUGAUGGUGGCUGUCAUUCUUGCCAACAUGGUGGCUCAGAGUCUGCAGCCCAGCCUCUAUGAUAGCAUCAUCCAGGUGAAGAAGUUGCCCUACCUGCCAGACCUGGGCUGGAAUCACAUAAGCAAAUACAAUAUCUUUGUUGAAGAUAUUAUGGUUCAAGAUGUGAAAUUUGUCUCCUCCAACUGUAAAUACCGAGACUUGCAAACUCUACUUCAAAGCACCACUGUUAAGACUUUGCCUUUUGUGGACUCACCAGAAACUAUGAUCCUUCUGGGGUCUGUAGAGCGAUCUGAACUGCAGGCUCUCCUCCAGAGACAUAUAAGCCCAGAACGGCGGCGGCUCCUCAACAGAGAAAUGCAGCAGAAGCUGUCUGAGGCACCCUAUGAUGGACGCAGCAAGGGACCGUGGGCAAACCUGCCAAAGCUGAAGCAUGAAUCUUUUGCUUAUGUUGAUGAGGAUGAGGAUACGGAUGAGAAGGGAGAGCUGCCUCGACCCCCAAGUCCCACUGCAAGUUACCCAGAGGAGCCCAACGGCCCAACAAGUCCUCUUAAACAAAUGUCUGAAACUUUGGAGCCGCAGCAACUCUCAGGCAAUUUCAGGAAUCUGAGGCAACUGAUCCAGCAUCUCUUGUGCCAUUACAACCAUCCACUUGAAGCAGAGAGUGUCGUCCAGGAGCCGGCAGAAGUCAUUGAAACAAUGAGGCCAGAAGAGAUAGAUGCUUGGGAACAGGAGGAGUUGAACAAGAAUGUGUGUUUUGACAGCUGCCACAUAGACCCUUCCCCGUUCCAACUGGUGGAGAGAACUUCCCUGCAUAAGACGCAUACAUUGUUUUCAUUACUGGGCCUCAGUCAUGCCUAUGUAACCAGUAUGGGAAAGCUGAGGGGAGUGUUGGCUUUGGAAGAGCUCCAGAAGGCAAUAGAGGGCUCCACACGGUCUGGGGUUCGCCUCCGCCCACCCCUUGCCAGUUUCCGUGACACCAACCGGACUUCCAUUAGUAGUGAGAAGGUCAGUCAGGCCACUCAGGUGUGGAGCCAGCAGGACAACUACAUGGCAGCAGCACAGCAAGCAGCAAACUUGGGCACAGAGAGCCCACUGCCUCCCUGCUCACACUCCCCCCAGCCCUCACACUUGCAUGAAGAGGGGGAAGUCCUGUGCUCCACUUAUGCCACUGAUACUGAGUUGGAAGAGAUGGAGCUGACAGGGCCAGUUGCUGAAAACAUCUCGGACAUCCUCAAGGACAUAAGCCUACACUCCACUGACCUGGAUGUGGAUGAAGAUGAGUAUGAUGUCUCCUUAUAGGUGGUGUGAGGGGAGUAGUCCAUCACGUUCUUCAGUUGAGCCAGUCUUCUUGUGUUUGCUCCUCAAAGAGAAGCUUUUGGAUGUUCUUUGCAAUCCCCAAAGAGGAUUAAUCCAGCUGGGAGAAAGGGCAUUGGACUGAUCCUUAUUCUGUGGCUUUCUUUCUGUGCAAAGCGUGUUAGGCUGUUAAACUAUGUGGGUGUGUGCAGCAGUCAGAUGUGGACUGCAAGGUGGCUAAGGGCAGGCUCAUGUACAUGGCAGAAGUGAUUGUAAUGGGACACAAAUAUUGCUGGACACAAUCAGGAUGCUCUGGGAAUUUCUGCCAUGUAAAAAGCGGAGGAGGAGCAUUCUCCAUUGGUGUCAUUGUUCCAGUAACACUUGGCCUGCAUGACCCAAUGUUAACACAGCCAGACCUCCAGCCUAGAAGCAUAUUGCUGCUUCUGACUGCAAUCAUGUCCAUGUUGCUGCAGCUCCUUAUCACUUGGCUCUUAUCUUGCAUCCUCCCCAAACAUUCCCAUGUAGAACAUUUUUCUUCUUUCUCAAUUUUUACUCUGGGAUUUUCCUGGAUGGGGAUGUAGUUAGGAGCUUCUCCUCUGUCCUUCGCUGAGCUGUUCCCUAAAAACAGAUGGGAGGAAAAUAUUUGAUCUAUCUCUCAUGUCUUCAAUUCAGCCAGUGCUCUAAGAAAAGCACUGGGAGGGAGGAAAGCCUCUUUGUUCUCCCAUGAUCUCUGGAUUUUUUAAAUAGAAUGGGAAAAUCUUAAAUGGGGACAUCCUCAGUGUUGGAGGGAGAGGAGUAAAACAGCGUGUAUGCACCUAUAUUUCAAACACCUGUGUUUUUCUCUGAAUCACUGUUCACAAUUUCUACAAAGUUAAAGUCUUAAAAUACAAGAACUCAAAAAAAAAAAAAAAAUUGAGUCUUAGCAGGCUGCCAAGAAAUACAGCAGAGGAAAGCCACAUUUUCUACACUUUGAAAACAGGUUUCUCUCUGAAAACUCCUGCUCUCUUUCCUGGUAAUUCUACCCUGCCUACUUUCCACAUAUUUCUGCGUACCUCAGAUCUGAGAAUUCCAGCUCUCACUUUUGUCAGCUUGUCUCUAACAGCAGAGGCCUCAACCCUUGUCUUCAGCGUCCCUCUCUAUUCCAGUUCUAAGUCUGGAGUUCUUGAUCUGUAUCUGGCAAAAAGCUGUCCUGUCAGUUUGUGUUAUGCAUGCUAAAGACGCUGCUUUGUUUAACUCAUGGUCCUUGUGAGGUUUUCUCAGUAAAUAGGCAAAAUCAAAUUCUGAGUAUUCUGCAGCUUUCCUCUAACAUUUUACAUUUCUUUCUAGAUUAUUUUUGGUGUGUCAUGGGACUUGGAUGUAGUGGAUAUAUUUCCACUUAUCAGCAACAGAGAAGAAAUCCAGGCUCUGAGAAUAUGUUCUUGCGGAUAUUUUCCAGCAUGUUGGGUCACAUCCCCUUUCCUGAUAUUAGUUAAGCAUUAUAUGACUUAUAGUGACUUGUUUCAGCUUAAUAGGUGUUUUUCAUAAUCUGUCUCAGGAGCAAGUGAAAAAUAUCAUUACCUCUAACCUGUUCUCCCUAGGAAAAUUCCCUCCUGGCCUUAAUUCCAAGAAUUGACCUUGCAGCAGUUCCUCUCUGAUGAUGCUCAUGGAUGGAAGAGUCUGUGACAAGCUUAUAGUAGAAGGAAAUCUCCCCAGCUAGUCUCUUGAAGAGGGAGAGAUUUAUUUUUGCUGUCUGGAAUUCAGAGACCACCAGCUCUGUAUUGUCUUAACACAUGAUCCCCCUCUAUAAGCUAACUGGGGGCAGCCUUUUCCUGCCUAAGUGAUCUUCAGUCCUCUGAGGGUCACCCUGCCCUUGUGAGAUGCCAGUGGUGAUCUGAGGGCAGGUCUCUUGUGCACACCAGCUGCUUGCAUCCACCAGAGGUUUGUGGCACAUUUCUGGCUUCCAGGCAUUAGCACAUAGCUUCCUUGCUACUUUUGUGUCACCUUCCCCUGCAGAGAAGAGUCAAAACAACUGCUGUUUUUUCUCAGAGAACUGUAAUAGAGCUUUAAAUAAGCAUGAGACUUUUAAAAACCUACAAAUGUGCAGUGAGUGGCAGUACUCUGAGACCAAACCUGAUCUGAUGGUCCACACAUGGUCAGGAAGAACAAGUUUCUCCAAGUCAGCUCCAGCAAGUACUAGCAAGUACAGGCUUGCAUUUUGCAGCUUAGCCAAACACUUGCACUGAGGCAGAUGAGACACGGAGAAACUUUGAAGCUGGAGUCAAUACACCUCCUCCUCCUCCUCACUUCUGAAUACAGAUAUAUGUUCUGCUCAGUCCCACAAAUUUUCCUACAGUGUGUUACAGAAGAACUGGGAUCUGACUGGCUGAGGAAGCAGAUGGAGUCUAAAUCAAAGCCAGCGGGCAUAUGAGUCAUGACAGACAGAUUGUGAGCUUGGGAAGAUGAAUCUGGAACUAAAAUGAUGGAAAUGGAGAGGCUUGGGGAGCUCUAAGUAAGACACAAGCUAACCUGUUGAGUUUCUUGAGUUUGUCGCCUGAGAGUACAAGAGAGCACACGUUUGCCCACACAUCCACACACACAUAUCUCUCCGUUCCUAUCACAUUUAGCUGUCUGGAGUUACUAUGAGGAGCUGGAGUUCUCUCUGUGGGGAAGCCAAAAGGUGAGUGUUACUGCUGCUCUUUGGAGGCAUUACUCAAGAUCCAUUCCAGGUAUGCUGUCACCCUUGGAGCAAAAGCAGCAUUCAUCUGCACCAUUUUCUCACCUGGGAAAAAGUAUGCAUACACGAAUGUGUAUAGGGGGCCAGGAGGAGACAAAAUACAUAUUGCAAAGACGGUUUGUGAUGGCUGAAGUUGUUUCCACUUCCAUUUUAACAAUAACAUCUUCACUGAGCUGACACCAAGUACUUCAGUAAGUGUAAAAUGUGCAGUCAGCUGACACUGAGCCAUUGUCAAGGGAACCCUAAGCUUACACCCUCUCAGGCAAUCCCAGUAUGCCCCCUCAAAGUUUAAAUUUGAAACCUUUGUCUAGCAAAUAAAGUCACAGUGACGUCACUCUAAAACCUGCAUCCUAUCCAAGUAGCACAGACUUGGCUAUCUGCACACAAAAAUACUUUUUCCCCAACCCAAAAUACUCCCAGAAUUUGUAUCAGUCCUGAGGCUUUCCCAUUCAGUUAGAAAGUCAAAUCUCAGACCUGCCCCCAAAAAUCCAAGCACAAGCCUUGAAAAACAAGAAGCCCGUAGGCUGUUUUGAACGACAGAAGCUUGCUUUUCUCCUAAAACAGCAUGUGAAGUUGCUUAGAAUGAUUGUUUUGGGCAGAGAUUCAUGUUAUACCAAGCUUGCCACUACCACUCAAAGCACUAAAAUAUAGCUGAUUUUGUUCAGUAUUUUCAAUUCCAAUCACCUGUUGAACUGCAUUUGGUAUCCAACAUAUAAUAGUCUGAGAAGAAUAUGAUAGGGAAAAAUCUCCAUCACAGCAGAUAAUUCUGGGAAAACACCACCACUACCAUCACCACAAAAAAAUACUUAAAAAAUCCUUUGACCUUGUAUCUUCAAGAUAAAUGUAAGUCUUAAUUUCAACUGAUUGCCAGUUUACUGAUAUUCAGUUAAUGAAGACAAGAAGUUAUCUAUUAAAUUUUAAUCUAACAAAAAGUUGAACUCUUGCUUUUAUAUGGCAUUUAAAUGUGAAAGCAGAAGUCCUGUUUUUAAACUCAUCAAUAUAAAGAACUGAAAAAAUAAGAAAGACCCAAGGCUAAGACACUUGGUCAUGAUUCAGAUGAAGGAGAAAACACAUGGAGAUGGGCUGCUGGAGAAUGAGAAAAAUUUGCCUGAACAAUGUAACUUUUAUUGGUUGGCAAAUUAUUUCAGACUAAAAAAGAAAUCUCGUUUUCUAACCCUGUAGACAAAAUGAGUUAGUACAAGCAGAAAUAGAGACACAGACUCAAGAGUUCAUAAAAAAUCAGCUGCUCUCCACAGUAUGCAAACACUGUGUAGACGUGUGUGUUUUGUGACUGAAGAGUACAAGACAGGGCAAUAACCAGCUGAGCAAGUAAAGAUCCCUCUUUGUCAAAUUAGUCCAACCCCAGGAAGGGUAUAAUUAAAAAUACACUAUUAAAAAUACUGUCAUAGCAAGAACUAAGUUGUUCUUGGCCACAUAACCAAGGAUCUGGGCACAGCUCUCUUAACAAUUUAAACAAUACUGGAGACCAAUCAUAAGUAUUUCUACACAAAAGCCAUGCCUGAGCCUUAGUACUCUCAAAUAGAGAAAAAUAUAUUUUACCUUAAACAAAACUAUUUAAGGCUUUAAUUGUGGGAGGCAAGCUAAAACUGGUCCUGGCAGUAAACUGCAGGCUCUCAUUGUGUGCCUACCCCAUACAGCCAACCCUGUGCACAUGUACACAUACACAUGCACACACACAAACAUCACCUUUUCCAAAUCACAUGUGUGCAAUAGUAGAUAGCUCUGCAACUGGGUUGCCUGUGCUUUGAGCCAUAUCCCCUCCCUCAGCUUGCUGGAAGUCAGUAGUCCUGAUGUAGCUUCACAGCACUAAAGACACUACUGUGAACACUGCUGGGAUUAGUGUACUAGCUAAAUGAAAGCAGUCUCAGCCAAACCUACCCCUAGUUCAAACAUUUGCCUUUCAAAUGAGCCUUUGCUUGCAUCCCAGCAGUUUUGGUGUGCUGCUUGUAAAAGCAGUUGCUGAAAUUUAUCUAGCCAACUUGAAGGAUUGCACGUGAUAUGGAGGACAAAGUAUAUUAUGGAAAAGACCAGUAGCAAAUUUAUAAAGGAAACAAUGUAGAAAAAUGAAAAUGCAAAUUGUCUGCUUUAUAUUAACAACAAUCUAAGAGCUGCUAAUAUCUGGCUAUUUACUGAAUAGCUACUUACUUAGCUUGAAGAACAGAAGGCAAAAAUACAAGACCUACCAUAAUAUGUUCAGAAUUACAGUCACACAAACUCAAGUUAGAAACUUUUCAGUUUUUCCACACAGAACAGGGCAAAAGACAGUAGUGGAAGGCUUAUGAAGAACACAUUUGCAAAAAAGAUAAAUCCGCUUCCUCCCUUACUCCCCUCCCGCCCCCGCCCCCAACUUCUGUAGUACACUUAAGCAAACAAGCUCUGAAAAUAAAUGGGAGCUGUGAGGUAACUGAAUUAUGACCAAAUGUCACAGAAUCUUAUCACAGAAUCAAAUUUGCAGUUUCUCUGGCACAGAAGAUAUGAGCUAUCUGAGGGACUGUAUAGAAAAUACUCUUGCAGCUGCUAAAGUGCUGAGCCAAGUGUGCAGCAAGUGGUCUUAUGCCCUUUCCAUUUACUGUUUUCAUUAAUGACUUGAAAGUAACAUAUAAGAGCUUGUAAGAUAGUAUAGAGAAGUAUAUUAUAGAUUUGCCAUCCAGUCUAAACAGAGAAAUAAACAGAAAUUAGAGAUCAGUGACUGGGGCAGGUACCACAGAAUUAUGUUUAUGUUGGGGCUAAGCAGCUAAAUCCAAAGGAGGCAUACUUAACCGAGGGAUAAAUCUAGACUAGUGUUAUGGUAAAAGAUUUCUGCUAGGUGAAGCACUCAGCAGCUGGACACCAUCUUUGUAGUAUAAUGUGAAAUUGAGAUAAAAA